GAUAAAUUCGCUCAUUAAACCGUACGCUCGCUACCGCGCGUUUAUUCGUCUCUCUCUCGCUCAUUUGAAAUACCUACUAUCAACCAUGCGACAAAACGUCGCCCUUGUGGCCUGUUUGGUCGCACUUUCUAGCGUUGCUGAUGCCUUUUGGCGUCUCCCUUGUCGUGGACGAAGUGGUGUGGCUCGAAUGGACCCCAUAAUGGCCCCGGGGAAACCAUCAGACCACGUCCAUGUGGUUCACGGAUCAGGAGGUUUCUCUAUGUCAUCGGGCGAGACAGACCUAAAAAAUGCGGAUUGUACCUCAUGCGGGGUGAAGCAGGACAAGUCGGCUUACUGGGCCCCCGCGCUAUACUUUAUGCAUGAGAAUGGCGAUGCUGAGCUUGUCAACGAAGUCGGCGGGAUGCUUGCUUACUACUUCCUCAACGGACAGAAUGUGACGGCAUUCCCUGAGAACUUUCGUAUGAUUGCCGGCGAUCCGUUUCUGCGUAACUUCCCUUGGCCAGUCCCCGAUCCUCCCAAGUCCGAGUGGUCUGGCAAUCAAUCCUCACAGGAUGCACUUCGCCAGAAAGCCCUGGGUUUCAACUGCUUGAACUAUAACAAAUCUCCCGAGCCGUCGCUGGGCCGCCACUUCCUGCCCAAUAAGACCUUCAUGGAUGAGCACUGUACUGAUGGUGUCCGAUUUGAAUUGAUGUUUCCGUCAUGCUGGAAUGGCAAGGAUGUUGACUCCAAGGAUCACAGGUCGCACAUGGCCUACCCAUCCCUGGUCAUGGACGGGGAUUGUCCGGAUGGCUUCGAGACCCGCCUUGUGUCGCUCUUCUAUGAGACUAUCUGGGACACAUAUGCGUUUAAAGACAAGCAGGGCACUUUUGUUCUUGCAAACGGCGACCCAACUGGAUACGGCUAUCAUGGAGACUUUAUCUACGGCUGGGACGAUGGGGUUCUUCAACAGGCAGUGAAUAAUUGCACCAACCUGUCUGGUCGGGUGGAAGACUGCGACUUAUUCCAUCUUCAGACAGAUGCCGAGCAGGCGCAGUGCAACUUCACCAUGCCAGAAGAGCUGAAAAGCGAGAACGUGUACCUUCACAAGGGUGGCUUGCCGAAUAACAUUGCCAUCCAGUAUGGGCCUGCGUAUGCAAGCCCAGUCCGGUAUACCAACACUGGCCAUCAUACUUCGGCAAUAUUGCCCGAGCCAAGCAUUGCUAUUGGUGCUUCUCUCGAUGGUGCUACUGUUGAUCUUGGAAAUAUCCACAUUGGCUCUUCGACCUCGACCACUUCAGCAGCUUCAGCGGCUUCAGCCUACUUUCUCCAAACAACCACUUCAACUACACCAACCACCACCUGGACACCUACUCCUACCACCGCAUAUGUCGAAGGCGUUGUCACUCAGAAGAUCGUGUACGUUGAGCAGGAUAUCCUCAUCCUCACAGAUGAAACGGGAGCACCUGUCACAACAGAGACGGGUGGAUUGGAGACAGUCUCCACUUCUACAUCCACGGUGAACAAGGUUGUAUCAACAGUUGUGACUACGCCCACCGAGCCUCCUGCCAAACGUGAUGACCAUAGCCAUAGCCAUUCCCGACAUGUCUAUCGGCGUCAUCGUCACGGACAUGCCCAUCGAAGAUGA